AUGCGUUCACCUCAGCCGACACUGGGUGCAUUCCUCCGUACCCGCUUCCCACUGAUUCCUUCUAUCGAUCUAUUUCUCUAUCUGUUCAUUAUCUAUCUAUCUAUCUAUCUAUCUAUCUAUCUAUCUAUCUCUGUUCAUUAUAUAUCUACCUAUCUCACUGUACAUUAUCUAUCUAUCUAUCUAUCUAUCUAUCUAUCUAUCUAUCUAUCUAUCUAUCUAUCUAUCUAUCUAUCUCACUCUGUCCAUCAUCUAUCUAUCUAUCUAUCUAUCUGUCUGUCUGUCUCACUAUGUUCAUUAUAUAUCUACCUAUCUCACUGUACAUUAUCUAUCUAUCUAUUUAUCUAUCUAUCUAUCUCACUCUGUCCAUUAUCUAUCUAUCUAUCUAUCUAUCUAUCUAUCUAUCUAUCUAUCUCACUCUGUUCAUUAUAUAUCUACCUAUCUCACUGUACAUUAUCUAUCUAUCUAUCUAUCUAUCUAUCUAUCUAUCUAUCUAUCUAUCUCACUCUGUCCAUUAUCUAUCUAUCUAUCUAUCUAUCUAUCUAUCUAUCUAUCUAUCUAUCUCACUCUGUUCAUUAUCUAUCUAUCUAUCUAUCUAUCUAUCUAUCUAUCUAUCUAUCUAUCUCACUCUGUUCAUUAUAUAUCUACCUAUCUCACUGUACAUUAUCUAUCUAUCUAUCUAUCUAUCUAUCUAUCUGUCUGUCUAUCUCACUCUGUUCAUUAUCUAUCUAUCUAUCUAUCUAUCUCACUCUGUUCAUUAUAUAUCUACCUAUCUCACUGUACAUUAUCUAUCUAUCUAUCUAUCUAUCUAUUUAUCUACCUAUCUCACUCUGUCCAUUAUCUAUCUAUCUAUCUAUCUAUCUAUCUAUCUAUCUCUGUUCAUUAUCUAUCUAUCUAUCUGUCUGUCUGUCUGUCUGUCUCAUUCGGUUCAUUAUCUAUUUAUCUAUCUCACUCAUUAUUAUCUAUCUAUCUAUUUUCAUUAUCUACGUUAAUUAUUUAUGUAUGUUCAUUAUCUGUCUAUCUCUGCUCAUUAUCUAUCUAUCUAUCUAUCUAUCUUCCCGUGAACCGGGGUUUCAGUCCUACAAGCCAUCUCUUGAACACCACCGCUUACGUUCAUCUACUGAACUCUUUUGGUCUGCCCCGUUCUGUUCCUUAUCUAUCUAUCUAUCUAUAUAUCUCUUUCAGUGUAUUCACUUUCUAUCUAUCUAUCUAUCUAUCUAUCUAUCUAUCUAUCUCUUUCAGUCUAUUCAGUUUGUUUCUAUCUAUCUAUCUAUCUAUCGCCUCCAGUGUAUUCACUUUCUAUCUAUCUAUCUAUCUAUCUAUCUAUCUAUCUAUCUAUCUAUCUCUUUCAGUCUAUUCAGUUUGUUUCUAUCUAUCUAUCUAUCUAUCUCUUUCAUCUAUUCAUUUGUUUCAUCUAUCUAUCUCAGUUUGUUUCUAUUCAGUUUCUAUCUAUCUAUCUAUCGCUUUCAGUGUAUUCAGUUUCUAUCUAUCUAUCUAUCUAUCUAUCUAUCUAUCUAUCUAUCUAUCUAUCGCCUCCAGUGUAUUCAGUUUCUUUCUAUCUAUCUAUCUAUCUAUCUAUCUAUCUAUCGCCCAUCUAUUCGCUUUCAGUCUAUUCAGUUUGUUUCUAUCUAUCUAUCUAUCUAUCUAUCUAUCUAUCUCUUUCAGUCUAUUCAGUUUGUUUCUUCUAUCUAUCUAUCGCUUUCUAUUCACUAUCUAUCUAUCUAUCUAUCUCUUUCAGUCUAUUCAGUUUGUUUCUAUCUAUCUAUCGCUUUCAGUGUAUUCACUAUCUAUCUAUCUAUCUAUUACUAUCUAUCUAUGUAUAUAUUAAGUUUUCUUUAA